AUGCCGAUUGGACUCUUUGAAACAUACACAAGCAUCAUUACUCACAGAUUGACUGGACUAGAUGUGCUGUACGGACUAGAUGGGGUGUAUGGACUAGAUGUGCUGUAUGGACUAGAUGGGCUGUAUGGACUAGAUGGGCUGUAUGGACUAGAUGGGGUGUAUGGACUUAAGCAGUAUGGACUAGAUGGGCUGUACGGACUAGAUGGGGUGUAUGGACUAGAUGGGCCGUAUAGACUAGAUGGGCUGUAUGGACUAGAUGGGGUGUAUGGACUAGAUGUGCUGUAUAGACUAGAUGGGCUGUAUGGACUUAAGCAGUAUGGACUAGAUGGGCUGUAUAGACUAGAUGGGCUGUAUGGACUAGAUGGGGUGUAUGGACUAGAUGUGCUGUAUAGACUAGAUGGGCUGUAUGGACUUAAGCAGUAUGGACUAGAUGGGCUGUAUGGACUAGAUGGGCUGUAUGGACUUAAGCAGUAUGGACUAGAUGGGGUGUAUGGACUAGAUGGGCUGUAUGGACUAGAUGGGGUGUAUGGACUAGAUGGGCUUAUGGGUUUUAAUUACCACAAAUAA